AUGCGCGCCUUCAUCGUCCUUUGCCUCGUGGCGGUCGCCUGCGCCGACAAGCUCGGCUAUAACUACAAGCCCGUGGGCCACUCCAACUCCGGCCUGUCCUUCGCUCCUGGCAGCGGCAGCAGCGGCUCCUUGAGCCUGGGAGGCGGCGGCGGUUCCCUUGGUCUGGGAGGCGGCAGCGGAUCCUUGGGCCUGGGUGGCGGCAGCAACUUCGGCAGCCUGGACAGCGGUCUGGGUGGCGGCCUCGGCGGUGGCUCCAUCGAUUUCGGAUCCUCUGGACUCGGAUCUGCUGGUCUUGGCUCUUCUGGUCUAGGCUCUGCUGGUCUUGGCUCUGCUGGACUCAGCGCCCCCGUCUCCUACCAGGCCCCUGCUGCCACUGGUGAGCUCGAGAAGGAGUUCUUCACCUUCACCGCCAACGAGGAGGACUUCGACCAACCCCAGGAACUCGAGCGUGUUGCCAGCUCCGUGAACAAGGGUCUGCGCGUUGUCUUCAUCAAGGGACCGGAGAACCGUGGCCUGGAGAACGCUGCCCUGGCUCUGGCCAAGCAGGCUGCCCAGCAAGAGACCGCCAUCUAUGUCCUGAACAAGCAGACCGACAUCGGAGAUCUGGCCAGCAAGCUGAACGCCAUCCGUAGCAACACCAACAACAAGCCCGAGGUGCACUUCGUCAAGUACCGCACUCCCGAGGAUGCUGCCAACGCCCAGCGUGCCAUCCAGUCGCAGUACGACCAGCUGGGAGGAUCCUCUCAGGCUCAUGAUGGUGGUGUUGCCAACGCCCUGAACUUCGCCUCCGCCGGACCAGUGCGUCAGGCCCAGGCCCAGAUCCCCGAGAACUCGUACCUGCCCUCGUCGGUGCUGCGUCGUCUGCGCUUCCGUCGUCGCUAAGC